AUGUACAGUCGAGCAUGGGUACCGUUAAUAAUCAUCACCAUAUACUUGAAUGUCACAAUAGCUCAUAAUGAAACGUCUUUAGCUUCAAAUUCAAAUUUAACUCCAGCCAUUUCACCACUUCAAGAAUUCAAUUCGGUUUUCUCACCACUAUCUGGAUCAAUCGUGAAUACCACUUCGUUAAAUGAACUGAGCAGUGAAGAGAACCUACAUUUGAAACUACCUCAAAGUAACAUUAAUCAACUAAGUCAACAAUUACUUGCGAAUUCGUCACUGCAAAACGAAUCUCAAUCUGAUGAAUGUCGUUUUAUGUCUUUUGAAGAAUGGAAAAAACAAAAGAUCAUUGAUACAAAAAACAACUCUACUACCAUAUCUACGACCACUACAUUCACAAGAUCUUCAAAUACCAAUUCGUAUGACAAACGUGAAAGCGAACUAAACGAGUCCAAGUUUAAUGAAAACAUCGACCCAAGUUUACUACCGAAGACAGCUUUGCUAACAAAUAUAACACAGAUUGAAGGUGAAGGGAAAACUUAUAAAGACAAAUUCAACUUUGCGUCAGUUGAUUGUGCAGCAACCAUUGUUAAAACAAAUUCUCAAGCAAAAGGUGCAUCUGCAAUUUUGAAAGAAAACAAAGAUUCGUAUUUAUUAAAUGAGUGUUCUGUAGCAGAUAAAUUCGUUAUUAUAGAACUUUGUCAAGAUAUUUUAGUGGGUUCGGUUGUUUUAGGAAAUUAUGAAUUUUUUUCAUCAAUGUUCAAGGAUAUACGAGUGAGUGUUAGUGAUAGAUAUCCAGCUCAUAGUUGGAGAGAAUUGGGAACAUUCACGGCUAAAAAUAUAAGGGAUGUUCAAUUAUUUCAAAUCGAGAAUCCUUUGAUUUGGGCCAGAUAUUUGAAAAUAGAUAUAUUAAGUCAUUAUGGUAAUGAAUUUUAUUGCCCUAUAUCUAUUGUGAGAGUUCACGGUAAAACAAUGAUUGACGAAUUUAAAGAAGACGAAGAAAAAUUGAAACAACUGCAAGAGUCAAAAAGCAUUGAGGAGCAGUAUCUGCAGAAUUUGGAGUCAGAGUUAGACGAAACAUUACUUCUUAAUGAUCACAUUAAUGAAUGUAGAGUCAGAUUACCGCAUUUAGCGUUAGAUGAAUUUUUGAAAGACUUGAACUCAUCUCAAUUAUGUUUUCCUUCUGACAAUAACACCAAUCAAUCUCAAGCAUCAUAUACCUCAUUAUCAUCAACAACUCCGUCAACUAUCACAACUCAAGAGUCGAUAUACAAAAACAUCAUAAAAAGGUUAACUUUACUUGAAGCUAACGCAACUUUAUCCUUACUUUAUAUUGAAGAGCAACUGAAAUUAUUAAGUGAUGCUUUCACAAAAUUAGAGAAACGACAAUCCAUAAAUUAUAAUAACUUGCUUGCUUCAGUGAAUUCUACGUUAGUGAAUCAAUUGUUUAAUUUCAAGGAUUCGUACAAUCAGUUGAAUGAACAAUAUAAUAACCUUUUGAAGUCGCAAGAAAAAAAUCAUAAAUUGUACCUCACCGAAUCAGCAAAAAAACUUCGUUCACUUGAUAACGAAGUUGUGAAUCAGAAACGAUUGACUAUAUUCAAUACUAUAAUAAUUUUGUUCCUACUCGUGUAUGUUAUACUUACUAGGGAUAUAAAUCUCGACUUGCAAGAGAUCAACAACAAAAUUUCGAAUAAAACUAGCAAAAUCAACAAAACUAGCAUGAAAUCUGAUCAGAAAUCCCAUUCAAAACAUGACGUGCCUCCGAUUAGUAAUAUACUAACGGAAGAAGUUAUUGUUCCCUAUAAUCCAAAAUUGCAUCCUAAGCAUAAAAGAUCGAUAUAA